CUUGCGGCCAUUUGUCUUGUAAAAAAUUCUAACCAAAAAUAGGAAAUGGUUGUCUACUAGUUAAUGGUCUAUUGUAAUUCAUAAAAAAUAGUAACUAACUAUUUUCUUUUGUUGUUAAAAUCAUAUAUACGUAUGUGUUAUGUAGUUUUACGUUUCUAUUAUUAUAAAAAAACCUUUAUAUAUUUAUUUUGGAUAAUUUAAACGAAAAUUAUCAUCUAUAAUUUUUUUUAGCUAUGUCAUCAAUGAAUAGUGUUGAGUCUUUUGGAACUUUACAGUGGGAUAUGUUAGAGUUAGCAGCACAUUUACGUCAAGAGCGUUUAUUCGUUAACGCUGAGCAACAAAAUCUGCAAACUCUUAAUGAGAAAGUUUUAUACAUAUCAUCAGAUUUAGCUCAGUUAACAUGGGUGACUGAUCAACAAAGGGUAAAUUUAAAUAGGUUGAUUGUUUCAAGGCCAGAUUCUACACCUGCAUCUUGUUGUCAACGAGCAAAUACUCUAGAAAAUUCUCAGUUUGUUGAUGCGUAUAAACAUUUAAAAUAUCAAUCAUGUUUAGCAUAUGGCGAAUUUCUUGGAACGUUAAGGAAAUCACCAAAACUUGUUGCUUCUUGUCUUGUAGAAGGUGAUAAAUUAGUUCCCGAUUCCAUUCAAAGUAUAAUACAGUCACUUUCUGCUGGAUUAUAUGGAAGUUGUUUACUACCUGAGGAUAAACUAUUUGUGUUGAAAUUAUUGAGGCAUUUGAUGUUUCUACAAAUAGUUCCCUCUGAUAACCCUAGAAGAUUAUUAAGACAUGGAACCUGUGCUUUUUCAAGAUUUUACUCUGUUUUUCAUGAAAGUCUUUUCUCAGCAAAGCUCUUUCUCACAGCAGCCCUUCACGAACCGAUAAUUCAGUUGUUAAUGGAAGAUGAAAUGUUUCUUGAUAUUGAUCCUGAUAAAGCAGCUAUCAGAUUUCCACCUUCUGAAAGAUUAAAGAAAUUCGGAAAAGAAGGAACGCCUGAGUAUCAAUCUAAGUUAUUACGGUAUCGACUUUGGACUGUUAAUUCUUUGGUGCGAAUAACUCAAAGAUUUAUUGUAAGUAUACGAGAAAAUAUGUAUUGCUUUCCAACUAGCGUUAGUUGGCUUGUUAAACAAAUGGCAGGAUUGCUGAACAAAAAUAGUAAUAUUGAACCCAAAGAAGUACACGCAAUGUGUACUGAUCUAGUAUUUACUUACUUUAUUUGUCCUGCAAUUGUGAAUCCUGAGCCUUAUGGAAUAACUGAUGCACCGAUAAGUUAUGUAGCCAGAUUUAAUCUCAUGCAAGUUGGACAAAUAUUGCAAAUGUUAUCAUUAAUGAAAUAUCAAACAAUCGACAAUAAAGUUAUAGAUUUAUAUAGACGGUUUGAGAAAGAUUCUAUUUCUUCGAUAAUUGAUGCAAUGCUAGAAGGUACUACUGAAGAAUUAGAUGAUGAACCACCUGUUGUAGAUAACACUAAACUUCAAGGACUUUGUCGAUCUGCAGCACUUUUUACGGAAAAUGAAUUAAAUAAUUUAAUUGUAUUUUUACAUACAGUAAAUAAUGAAAAUAACAAAGAAUCUUCUGCUUUUUCGCACAAUAGUUUAGAUCGAAAACAAUUAUGUGAUAUGCUUGCUCAAUUACCCAGUGGAACAGUUAGUUCAAACAAAAUUAUUCAUCAAUCAUCUCCUGAAACUCCUAGCAAACGAGGUGGUUUUCUAGGAAAAGUAAAUCGAGGACGAGGAUCAAGGAUAUCUGUACCUUCAUCUCCCGGAAUUGCAACUGAUGGAACAGAGGAUAUGAAUGGUGCAUCAGGUACUGAAGAAGAGUAUAUUGAUAAAGCGAUUCAAGAAGUACUGGUCAUUCCAUUUGGACCGGCAAUUACUGAAUCCGUUGGUAUGCUCAGUGAACAGAAAAUUCUUUGUAUGGACAUUCAAAAUAAUGUAGAAGAAAGUGUUCCAGUUACUUUAACUCUUGAUACUGAUUUAACUACUAAUAAUGAUCGCAGAGAUACUAAUGGACCAGAUCGUAUUGAAACUCAAGAAAAAAGAACUCGUUUUUCAUUGUCUCAUGAUGAAGUUUUGUUCGAAGGUUCUAUAGGCAACACUUCAGAUAAUUUAGAAGUUGUUUCAGAAGCUGCAUCUAAUCACAGUGUUGCUUCUUCAUUGGAACUUGAAACCGAAGAUCAAAAUGAUAAUUUAUCUGAUAUGGUAUCUGCAAAUGUAUCAGGAAGAGGAACUCCAAAUAUAUCUGGAAGAGAUACACCAUCAUCUCAAAUUACUGAAGGUGAUGAUGUACGAGCAGGAGGUGAAGCUAGACAAUUGGAUUUACCACCACCUACUAUUCCAACAAAACAAAGUCGUUCAGAAAUCGAUGAUAAAUUUUGCAAGUUUGAGAUAAAGAAACUUAUUGAAGGUGAUGAAACAGUUUCAUUAGUGUCUGAUACUUGGUCUACAGAUGUUUUGGCAUCAGAUAGUGAAAUAGUGGAACAACAAGAGCGAUUUCCUUUUCCACCACCAACAGAAGCACCACCCGUUCUUCCUCAAGAACCUCCUCAGGGUAUGUUAGAUGUAAGUGAAACUGCUUCUGAAGCAUGGAGUACUGAUGUUCUUGCUAGUGAUUCUGAAAGAUUAACAGAAGUAGAUACUGAUGAUACAGCAAGUGUCGCAAGAUCUGAUGAUACUGCAAGAUCAGAAUUUGAAAGUCGUGGUGAACCAGAUGGUGGUGAUGAACCAACAUAUUCUCCAAGUUUACCGAUAGGUACAGUAGUCGAAGGUGCUGGUACUCUUUUCAGGCCAAUUAGAGUUGAGCCCGCCAAUCGAGCACCAAUACCACCAUCACCAACAGUGUCGACACAUUCAAAUGUAACUGGACAGGGUGGUACAGCAUCUGAUUAUCGAAGGAGUACUAUGGAAUACGUUGAUAACAAUGCUAAUAACGUUAGCAAUAUGGAAUACGGUAAAUCUGUUGCCGAAGAUAGAUUAAUUCAUUUAAUAGAUAAAUUACAUAUUGAUAAUGGAAAAAACAACAAUGAAUGUCAGAGCUUAAGCAGUCACAUCGGAGCAGCAGCAGUCGCACCUACAUUAUUGCUAGCGAAUCAUAUAUCAGCACCAUCAUUGCCAGAAAAGUUACCAAACGGUGGUAUUAAAUUAGAAGAAUUAGAUGGAUGUAGUGCUAGUAAUAAUGACGUUGUUGUAAGACUUAGUUCGGCUAGUUUGACAUCAAGCAGUAGCUCUGGUUCAGAGUCACGAUCAAAAAAUGCAUUGUCAACUCCUGAAAUAUUAUUUCCACAACCCUUAACUAAUGGUGGAAAUGAUGUUACGGAUAACCGUAAUAAUAUACCAAAACCAAGUAUUUCAACUGGAGCUAUUCCAAAAAGUAUAAGCUUUGAUAUGACAGCAACUAGAGGAGACAAAGAACUUUUGGAUGAGGAUCAAAAAAAUAAAAGAGGAUUUUUUUCCAAAUUUAAAAUGUCUCUUCGAAAUAGAAGGGGUAAAUCACCGAGAGGAACUGACGAACAAAGAUUUUAUGACAGAGAUGUUGGUCCAGAUGGGGUAGAUGUCGGAAGACAGAGAUUACGGCGAAUAAUGUCAGAAGAUGUUUCUUCAAGUUUAAAUACCAAUAAUGAUAGUAGCGAAGAUAUUCUAGCUAAAUACCGUAGAAAACCGAGUGCAGCGAGCGAUACAGCAUCCGUAGAGAGCAGUCAAUCAAGAACAAAAGAAGUUGAAGAUGAAAGACUUUUAAUUGAUCCCAAUAACGUUGAAAUAUCAUUCGCAUUCAGUGAUGCAAAGAGAAAGUUACGAAUGGUACUUAGUACUGCAGAUUUACAGCAUAUUUCAUGGAAUGUUUCUUCAGACAGAAAUACUUUAGUACAAAAAGAAAAUGAACUAGUAGCUUUUUUACAAUUGCAGUUAGCUGAAGCUAUUAAUCUUCAGGAUCGUCCUUUAAUUGCUCAUCUUCAUGAAACUUUACGUUGUGUAAGACUAUUUAAUGAUGAUGGAUGUCGAAAACUCUUCAAAUCACUUAGAGAAGAUUAUCAGAAGAGAUCGCCUUAUAUUGCUUAUUUAAUUAGAUGUCGACAAGGUUUGUUGUCUACUUUAGCUCAUCUUGAACGAUUGAAUGAAAGAAUAAAAUGUGAUAGAGAUGCUGUUAACAGUCAUCUAGUUGCUGUUUGUGUCAGAGUAUUUUUAGAAAAAAGAGAGUCUCAAGUUUUACGAUUUUGUGAUGAAUUUCAAAAACUCAAAGUAGCUGAUGAAAAGCAGGAUUUGCUUGAUAAUUUCUUGGGAAAAAUCCACACUGAAAUGGAUAAUGAUCCCAUAUGGCAAGUUGCUAGUGAAAGUCAAAUUGAAUUAGCGAAAAUGGUAGUUGAGCGAACAAUAAUGGCCCGUGUAUAUCACAAUGCAUUAUAUCCUAAUGGAGAUGGUGACAUUUACAGAGACCAAUUGUUGCAUGAUCACAUUAAAAAAUUGUCUAAAGUCGUAACACCAAAUCACAAGGAUUUAAGAAUCCCAAAGAUUUAUCAUUAUGAAUGCCCAUGGCCGUGGGCUCAAGCUGAAUUAGCAGUAAUAUCUGCAUACAAGACCCCAAAAGAUAAAUUACAAUGUGUUUUUAGAUGUGCAAAAACUAUAAUUCAUUUAUUGUCAAUGGCAUCUGAAAGAGGUAUUCCAGCAGCAGAUGAUUUAAUUCCUGUUUUAGUAUACAUUAUCAUUAAGACCAACCCGCCUUCAUUAUUGUCAACAGUGCAAUAUGUUGAUAGCUUCUAUGGUAAUCGAUUAGAAGGUGAAGAACAAUAUUGGUGGACCCAAUUUUGCUCAGCUAUUGAAUUUAUCAAAACAAUGGAUUGAAAAUAAUAUAAAAUUGUGAGUGGUUACGUAAUAUUUGCUAAUCAUAACACACACGAUAUGUGAUGAGGUAACAUGUUAUUCUUAAAGAACAAUAAUAGUAAUUUUAUUUGCUUUUAGAUAAUUAUGUAUAAAACUUAAAACUAUUGAACAAUGGCAUUCCUAUGACUCAUAUAAAUUAAUGCAAAAAAUAAUUCGGAUACAUAAAAUGAUAUUUUGUUGAUUUAAUUUUGUUGAUUCAAUGUCGGUGCACUAUUUAAUCAGAGCCAUUAUUGAUCAUAUGGCUACUUGAAUGUAUCCAAAAUUCUAAUAAUUAUCAAACAACACAACUUUUGAAUAUUUAUACAAAAAGCCAAUAGCAAUAUAUGAUUAUUAUUUUUUAUAAUUAUCUUUUUAAAUG